GAUGUGCUCCAAGACAAGCCGGAUGUUGGUGCUUUGGAUUUGGGUUUGGGUGGUGCUGUUGUUCCUUUUGUUGCUGGAGGAACUUCAGAUUCUUGUUCUGUUGCAAGAUCUCCUCUUUUUGAGGUUAGUUCUGUUACUCCUGGUCUCGCCGCUGAUACGGUGUCUUUGGGCUCUUCUUCUCCUUGGUGUUUUCCUGCUUCGGUAGAUGUCAAUCCGACUAAGCCGUUCACCUUUGACAGCGACAUGGAUUGCGAUUUUGCUGUGUUUGGCUCCUGGGUUUCGGUGGGCUCUUCUUGGUCUUCUUCCUCUUCUUUUGUGGAUGAAGACACAUCCUUCAAAAGAAAGUUAUCUUUCGCGAGUUUCCGUCCUUCGGACGUUGAACCUGAAGGCAAGUGUCGACGGUUGUUUCGUGUGUCUGGUUGCUCCGCUGGAGCCAAAAGAAAGCCUAAGCCUGUUCCUCCUUCUCCUGAAAGUAUACUUGUCACAAAAGAAUCUUCCAGGGCUACCCAUAGAACUCUCGUCUCUCACACCGGUCCAACUCACCAGAAAGAUGUUGAACAUCGUAACCGGGUGAGAGUCAAACGAGAGUUUAUGGGUUCCCUGGACACAAUCUAUGAGGAGGGUAUUCCCAAUUUUUUGUUUAUUAACAAAGAGGCUGAAUUUACAAUACUCCAAAUCCAAGUCUUGACUAGACAAUUGGACGAAAUUCGCAUCUCACUUCAACAACGAUUGACACUUCAACGUAUUGACGAAGAUUUUGAUCAUGACCAUCGGAUUUUUGGCCAACCUAAUUCCCCAGAUUGGCUGCAAGACGCCAUUACAGACAUGUCGAAUGUUCUUCCAUGUCUCCCUCAUGUGAACAAUUUAUGUGUUCAGCAGCUUUUGAAAAACGAUUUUGGAUCUACCGCCACAGCCAACACGAAAUGGCGGAAAUACGAACGCAUGGAGAUCGAAGAGGAUGUUGAUGCUGAAGCAGAUGAGGACCCUAAUGACAGUCGAGUUAAUUAUAAUAAGAAUACCAUAUCCAAUAUGCGUCGUGAAAUUUUUAAGAUAAGGAAAUCAUCCAAUAACACCAGUUCACUAUUUUGUACGACGGAGAACGGUAUCUUGUUUUAA